AGCCCGUGAAAAGGUAGUGCUGGACAAUUAGACGCAAGUGUUUCUUUCUGCCGACCGGAGCUCAGAGCAGGACCGAAAACUGAAACUCUCCGCGCAACUUUAUGCGUGUCUCUGAAGAGGAGCCUCACGUGAAGAUUUUGGACUUGUUUUUAUUUUUUAUUUUUUUAUAUAUAAUUAUUAUUUUAUUUCCACUAGAUAUGCGUUGUCUAAACUGGCUGCCACUAUUUGAAGUCUUUUGAAGCUUUGAAUUUUUACAAGUGCGCUGAGCGUUUAAAAAAAAAAAAAAAAAAAAAAAAAAAAAACUCUUUCGUAUUCUGGCAGCUUUCUUUUAUUGCCUCACCACCUCCACUUCGCCCCGGGGCCUUAUUCAUUAAUAAGUACAACUUCAUCAGGUUACACGCGGCGGAGCUACGUGACUCCUCACAGCCUCAGCAUUAAACCGGGAGCAGAUGACUUGGAAAUUCCCGCUCAGCAUCCUCUCCGUCAUUAUUUUCUGAGCGGCUCGCGGACUUGGAUUUCGUUUUGUCGUGCACGUCCGUCACCCUCUCUCCGGAAGCAGACAUCCCGAAAUGAAACUCGGUUUUGUCAUCGAGAUCGUGGUGGCGCUUUAUCUGCUGUUCUCACCUGCACAGAGUCUACCCUUGUCAAGCAUAAACAGUACAAUGGAAGUGUUGAAUUUUCAAGAGGUGUGGGGUCGCAGCUUCUGCCGGACCAUUGAAAAGCUGGUGGAGGUGGUGCAGGAAUACCCGACCGAGGUGGAGCACAUCUACAGCCCCUCCUGCGUGCCCCUGGUGAGGUGUGCCGGCUGUUGCGGGGACGAGAACCUGGAGUGCCAUCCCACUCGCACCACGAACGUCACCAUGCAGCUGUUGAAAAUCAGGCCAUCAGAGCCAGGUCAAGAAUAUGUUGAGAUGACAUUUGAGGAGCAUCAGACAUGUGAAUGUAGAGUCAGGAAACCAGUGGCGAAGAUUACAAGGAAAAAGAUAAAAGGAAGAGGGAGGAAGAGAAAGGAGAGACAAAAAACAAAAGAAUGUGACAGGUGCCAGAUCCCUCGCAGGUAACUGCAGUGGCGACCCAAGUCCCUGUUGCAGUGUGGCUCACUAUUUAUUUCCAGCCCAGUGACGGCGUCGAGAGUCUCACUCACUCAUCUAUCAAUACUGUGUCUGCUGCCAGAGACUCAAACAGCUGGGUUGAUUCGCUGACGCGCUCUCCUUUUCACGGGUAGGGCGUUUGUAACGACAAGGUUCAACAGGAAGUGCGUUUUGAUUGGUGGAAACACUGCUGUGACACACCUGAUACAAUGGACAUCCCUGGGAGCCAGUGCAAUGUAGAACCAAACAGACUUCUUUUUAUACUAGGUAUUACUGUAUCAGUUAUGUUAAUUUGUCGAUUUCUUUGGUAUUUAAAGGUGGUUACACUUGUUAAAAAAAAUCUAUAUUUAUUGAUACAGCUGAAUAUACUUGGACCAGCAACCUUUAAAAAGUUUGUCAUCCGUUGUUGAAACAUUAUCUAAAAAAAAGCCUUGACUUGUGGUAAUGGCAUAUGUUGGACUGAAUGUACAGCUGCUUUGUACAUGCAAUAAUGAAAUGUCUCCCUCUAGUGUUGUUUUAAGGUGUUUAAAAUGGCUCUGUGUUAAAGUAUGUCCUUUCCUGCUCAAAUUUACCAGUAAGAUCAGUAUUUGGCCACACUGUCAGUCAAAAUCAAUCACAUUAUCAGGAUAUUGGAAUUUCCGACCUAUCGUUAAUGAAAGUAAUCACUUAGACUGUGUGAUGGGACACGAGUUGAAUGUGCUUUACUGUCAGAUCAGACGUGAAUGAGUCAUUUAUUGGAAAACUUGUUAAAUAAAUAUGUCCUCAGAAGAUUGUGCAUGAGUAAAUAACUUUAUCACAAACCCUCUGCCAAGUGGAAGUCAGUCGCUGCUGAGUCUCCUGUAAAUUUGAGACGCCAAAUUUGCUCCUAAUGAGCAGCUCCAGCUCUGGAUAAUCAGGCCUGCAGGAAACAAUGCACCAAUUAUAUAUAUCUGUUGAUUUGAAAUUACACCAGAAUAUGUGUGCCUGUAGACAACGGAGCGGAUGUGGCAUGCCCAAUGAGAACUACAAAUAAAAAUAAAUACACUCAAGUAGUAUUCAUGCGAUUUUGAAGCCUGUUGCAGUCUAAAAAAUGCAAAGUACCAAUCCUUUUCUUUUUCGACUUCAGAGUUCUCUAAAAAAAAAAAAAAAGUAUGUCUGUGCUCUGUGCAGUGAAACAGCACACAGUUGUGUGCACUCUGGUGAUGCAAGACACCCAUAAUCCCACACCACAGGGGUCUUCCUCUGUCUGUUUUUGGAAACACCGCAGUGCAGACAGGAUCAAUUGAGGUAGUUAUGUAUUUAUGUCCUCUCUCUCUCUUUUUUUUUUUUUUUCAUGUACUACACAAAGAAAAUUUAUGAAAAUGUAAAAUGUACAAAGCAAAUGUACAAAGCAACAGUUUGACCAUGCUAGUGUUUUUAUUUCAUUUAAAUAUUUAUUUUGUAAUAAAACUCUUAUGGUUGUGCAGUCA